CUUUGUCCAGUGUUGGAAAACGCAGCUCCACAGCUGUUUGCUAAGUUCUUAAUAAUAUUUUUUUUGCUUGUUUUCCUCUUUUGUUUUCCUUUGACUAACUAUAAUUAUGUUUAUUUGGCAAUAUUUCACACUUGUGUGCCUUUGGUUCGCCUCCAACGAGGCGAAAUCCAUCAAGAAAUCGCAUGUUAACCUCUUGGAGCCCACUUUCGAUGUGGACGAAAAGCUGGGGAGGAUGGGGAUACCCCCGCCAGACAUUUCCAAUGAUGUGCAACGUGUGCAGGUGCCAUUGGGGGCUGCACCUGGAAAAGAUGACUGGCAGGGCAAGUGGUUUCCCCAUGUUCCAGGGGAACCGCAGGCUACGAGGGAGUCCAAUGAAAUGAGCACCACGGUGGGAGUUCCCCCACUGGAGUCCACAACCAAGGAUAAUUGGCAUGGCAAGUGGUUUCCCCAAGCCCCUGGUGCACCACACCUGGUCAUCCAGAACAAAUCAGGCAACUCCACAACAAAGGACAAUUGGCCGGGCAAGUGGUUUCCCCAAGCUCCAGGAGAACCCCACUUGAUAAGCAAGAAGCCGAUGGUUGGGAAAAAAUCAGAGGAUACUUGGCCGGGCAAGUGGUUUCCCCAGGAUCCCAAGGAACCGCACAAAAGUAAACAAAAGAUUUGCGAUGACGGCAAGAGCAAUCUUGCCGUGGAUUUCGAUCCAACUGACAUCCGUGAUAGCCUGAAUUACCUGUGCAUCAGCAGCAACCGCAGCUUGUACCAGCCGAACCUGACCAGGGAAGCCAUUCUCACGGAGCACUUCCUGCCCACCGCCUAUUUGCCUCCUGCCAAGUGCCUUAAUGAACCCAUAAGUUACUCCCACCUUCCUGCCACCAAUGGCCCCUAUCGUCCGAUGCCCGCUGAAUAUGGAACCUAUACCUAUUUGCCACCUCAGCGAUACCUUCGCAACCUGGCGGAAGGUGCCAUUGUGAUGCUGUACCAUCCCUGCGCCUUUUCCGGCCAAGUGAAGCAACUGCAGGACAUUUUGAGUGGUUGCCUGUAUCGAUAUUUGAUCACACCAUCGCACACUCUGAGUCCGGAGCGUCCUCUGGCCCUGCUCGCCUGGAGUCGCAGCCUGGAGAUGUCCGUCGUGGAUCGGCGGGUGGCGGCAGACUUCAUCCAGAAACACGCCAAGCGUGGUCCACUUGCUCCGGAGGAAAUGUCGCGGGUGGUGGACAAAAGGCAGACCUACAAGGAGGGUCUGAUCACGGAAGCCCACUUGGUCACCACGGCGGAUGACUACGAGGUGUGCGGCUACCUACAGGAGGAAAUGUAGGGACAACAUGUUAACUAUUUGUUUUAAAUAAAAUUCGAAUAAUAUUACAUUCUCCUGUUAA